CUCUGCCGAAUCCAGCUCUCCUACAUCAAUCAGAAUGCAUAUAUCAAGAUGCAUUUGGGCAUUCGUCUUUCUCUCAUCCUUUCCCCUCUUUUCUUCAAUUAUCGAUGCUAAGAAAUCGAUUAGUGUUGUCUAUGAUGGCCGUUCAUUGAUUAUCGAUGGAUCACGACAACUUCUCUUCUCUGGUUCAAUCCAUUAUACUCGAAGCCCUCCUGAGAUGUGGCCGGAUCUCAUAAGGAAGGCUAAACAAGGAGGAUUGAAUGUCAUUGAAACCUACGUUUUCUGGAAUGUUCAUGAACCUGUACAGGGUCAGUGGAAUUUUGAGGGGAAGUAUGACUUGGUGAAGUUCCUGAAACUGAUUCAUGAUUCUGGUUUGUACGUUGUUCUUAGGGUUGGCCCAUUCAUUGAGGCCGAAUGGAAUCAUGGAGGAUUACCUUACUGGCUAAGGGAGGUUCCAGAUAUCAUAUUCCGUUCGGAUAAUGAGCCAUUCAAGUAUCAUAUGAAGAAAUAUACAGAAAAGAUCAUUUCUAUGAUGAAGAAUGAAAGCCUAUUUGCACCUCAAGGAGGACCCAUCAUACUUACUCAGAUUGAGAAUGAGUACAACAAUGUCCAAUUGGCAUACCGGGAAAAGGGUCUAAAUUAUAUUCAGUGGGCAGGAAACAUGGCUCUUGAUUUAAAAACUGGAGUUCCAUGGAUCAUGUGCAAGCAAAGAGAUGCUCCAGGCCCAAUUAUAAAUACAUGCAAUGGGAGGCAAUGUGGAGAUACAUUUACUGGUCCUAAUAGUCCUAACAAGCCUAGUCUUUGGACUGAAAACUGGACUGCUCAGUAUCGUGUAUUCGGAGAUCCACCAUCUCAAAGAUCAGCCGAGGACAUUGCCUAUAGCGUUGCCCGGUUCUUCUCAAAGAAUGGAACACUCACCAAUUACUACAUGUAUCAUGGUGGGACGAACUUUGGAAGAACAACCUCAACCUUUGUCACAACUCGCUAUUAUGACGAAGCUCCACUUGAUGAAUUCGGGUUGAAGAGGGAACCAAAAUUUGGUCACCUUAGGGACUUGCAUAGAGCCUUGAAAUUGUCAAAAAAAGCUCUUCUUUGGGGAACUACUCAUGCUCAAAUGAUUAGUCAAGACAUUGAGAUUCGGACGUAUGAGAAGGCUGGAACAAGUAUUUGCGCGGCUUUCAUAAACAAUAAUAACACGAAGAUAUCUGCUACAGUUAACUUCAGGGGUCGGAAAUAUUUCCUCCCACCAAGAUCUAUCAGCAUCCUUCCUGACUGCAAAACUGUAGUUUACAACACUCAAACGAUUGUUGCACAACACAGUUCAAGGAAAUUCCACCAAUCUAAGAAAGCAAGCAACCUGAAAUGGGAAAUGCAUCAAGAGAGUGUCCCAGAAAUUGAUGACUUAAAAAUUAAAAAUAAGAUGCCUUUGGAACUUUAUAAUACUACAAAGGAUACCUCAGACUAUUUAUGGUACAGUACCAGCAUCGAGGUUGAUGAUUCUGACAUGCCAAUGCGCAAUGAUAUUCAUCCUGUCAUACAGGUUGCCAAUCUUGGGCAUGCCAUGGUUGCAUUUGUUAAUGGAGAAUAUAUUGGAUUUGGACAUGGAAGCAAUGUAGAAAAGAGCUUUGUCUUUAACAAACCGAUCAACCUGAAGCCGGGAAAGAAUCACAUUUCGUUGUUGGCUAGCACAACAGGACUCCCGGAUGCUGGAGCUUAUAUGGAAAAGAGAUAUGCCGGAGUUCGUGCUGUAACUAUUCAAGGCUUGAAUUUUGGAACUGUUGAUAUCACACCCAACAAUUGGGGUCAUGAGGUCGGUGUAAAGGGAGAGAAUCAACAUAUUUACAAAGAACAUAGAAUAAACAAAGUCCAGUGGAGUCAAGUUAAGGGUACAGAACAACAACCAAUUACAUGGUACAAGACAUACUUUGAGAGUCCUGAAGGAAACAACCCUGUUGCUGUCCGAAUGACAUCAAUGGGAAAAGGAAUGAUUUGGGUGAAUGGAAUUAGCAUUGGUCGUUAUUGGGUGAAUUAUCUGUCUCCAAUUGGACAACCUUCCCAAUCCGAGUAUCACAUUCCAAGAGCUUUUCUUAAAAAAGAAGAAGGAAAGAAGAACUUAAUGGUAGUUUUCGAAGAAGUAGGAGGUAACCCAGAUGGAAUUGAGAUCCAAAUAGUCAAUAGGGACACAAUCUGCAGUUAUAUAACUGAGAAUCAUCCACCAAGUGUCCAUUCUUGGACUAACAAAGCUGGGCUAGUUCAGACCAAAGUUGAUGAUCUGAAAACAGGAGCUCAUUUGACUUGCCCGGGUAAUAAGAUCAUCAAGCAUGUCGAAUUUGCUAGCUUUGGUGAUCCUUCUGGUUCAUGUGAGAAGUAUGUCUACGGAAAUUGUACUUCUCCUAACAGUUUGAAAGUUGUUGAACAGUAUUGUUUGGGGAAGAAGAAGUGCUCAAUUCCGCUGGACAGAGGGAUAUUCGAUAACAAGAACAACGACAAAUGCCCUGGCAUAGGGAAAGUGUUGGCUGUUCAGGUGAGGUGUGGCCAUGAUAAAUCAUCCAAUUGAAGAAGGAAAUUAAUGCUAUACAUACAAAUAGGGGACACAUUUUUUUUCGAUAAGGGGUAUA